AUGGCCAAUAAUCCAACCCAGAUCUUCGCCGAUGAUGUGCAGGAAGAGAAGGGCGAGAAUGCGCGUCUCUCAGCUUUUGUGGGAGCGAUAGCAGUCGGUGACCUUGUAAAAUCGACACUAGGACCCAAAGGCAUGGACAAAAUAUUACAGUCUGCAUCCACUGGAGAGAUAAUGGUUACCAACGACGGUGCCACGAUCCUAAAGUCUAUAGCACUCGACAAUGCUGCAGCAAAAGUGCUGGUGAAUAUUUCGAAGGUCCAGGACGACGAAGUAGGAGAUGGUACAACGUCAGUCACAGUCCUAGCUGCCGAGUUAUUACGCGAAGCAGAGAAAUUGGUCAACCAAAAAAUACAUCCUCAAACAAUUAUCGAGGGCUACCGAGCUUCUGCUCAGGCCGCCCUUCAAGCGCUGGAGAAGAGUGCUGUCGACAACUCGAAGGACAAGGACCAAUUCAGACAAGAUUUGAAAGCCAUUGCUCGAACCACACUUUCCUCGAAAGUCCUUGCCCAAGACCGAACACAAUUCGCUGAUCUGGCAUGUGAUGCUGUCUUGAGACUAGGUGGUACUACAGAUCUCAAUCACAUCCAGAUAAUAAAAAAGCCCGGUGGAAAACUCUCAGACUCAUACUUGGACGAAGGCUUUAUCCUGGACAAGAGAAUAGGCGUCAACCAGCCGAAGAAACUCAAAAAUGCUAAGAUUCUGGUUGCAAAUACAGCUAUGGACACAGACAAGGUCAAAAUCUUCGGCGCCCGGAUGAAAGUCGAUUCGACAGGGAAGCUAGCAGAGUUAGAAAAGUCGGAGAAAGAGAAGAUGAGACAGAAGGUGGAGAGAAUCAAGGCACAUGGAAUAAACUGCUUCAUAAAUCGACAGCUGAUCUACAAUUGGCCAGAACAGCUCUUCAGUGAGGCAGGAAUCAUGUCCAUUGAGCAUGCAGAUUUCGACGGCAUUGAGAGACUUGCGCUGGUGACUGGAGGGGAAAUCGCUUCCACUUUCGAUCACCCAGAUACAGUUAAGCUUGGCCACUGCGACGUAAUAGAAGAGGUUAUCAUUGGAGAAGACACACUCAUCAAGUUUUCUGGCAUGGGUGAAGGUGGAGGAAAAGCCUGCACAAUUGUCCUCCGAGGGGCUACGGAACAGCUGCUGGACGAAGCAGAGCGGUCAUUACACGAUGCUUUGGCUGUAUUAUCCCAAGUCGUGAAGGAACCAAGAAUAACACUGGGUGGUGGCUGUGCUGAAAUGGUCAUGGCAAGAGCAGUAGAACAGUUGGCAAUGAAGGUACCUGGCAAGAAACAGAUUGCGGUAUACUCAUUUGCAACGGCACUCAGGCAAUUACCAACGAUCCUGGCAGACAAUGCAGGUCUCGAUAGUUCGGCACUGGUGACCAACCUGAGAACAGAGAUCCAUCGAGGUAUGAGCACAACCGGUCUGGACCUGCUAACACCAGGUGGUGGUCUGGCGGAUAUGCGAGAACUAGGCGUUAUAGAGUCAUACAAGUUGAAGAAGGCAGUGGUAAGCAGUGCUUCUGAGGCCGCAGAGCUGCUCUUGAGGGUAGACAACAUCAUCAGAGCGGCUCCGAGAAGACGCGAGAGGAUGUAA